AGGAGAAAGCCAACACACUUCCCAGCUAGAGUCGGUCCCAGCUGCUUCCAGAAGGAAAGGAAGAUCUGUCCCUAUGCCAUCCCUGGAGGGUGACUUGCUGCUGACGUCCCCUGGGCCCUGCAGGCCGUGACGGGCCGCGUGUGCGGUUUCUGUGUGCCCUGGACGCCUGCGGCCGCCACCUAUGCACUCCAGCACCCCCAUCAGUUCCCUCUUCUCCUUCACCAGCCCCGCCGUGAAGAGACUGCUGGGCUGGAAGCAAGGAGAUGAGGAGGAGAAGUGGGCCGAGAAGGCGGUGGACUCUCUAGUGAAGAAACUGAAGAAGAAGAAAGGCGCCAUGGACGAGCUGGAGAGGGCCCUCAGCUGCCCGGGGCAGCCCAGCAAGUGCGUCACGAUUCCCCGGUCCCUGGACGGCCGGCUGCAGGUGUCCCACCGCAAGGGCUUGCCCCACGUUAUUUAUUGCCGGGUGUGGCGGUGGCCCGAUCUGCAGUCCCACCACGAGCUGAAGCCACUGGAGUGCUGUGAGUUCCCAUUCGGCUCCAAGCAGAAAGAGGUGUGCAUUAACCCUUACCACUACCGCCGCGUGGAGACUCCAGUGCUGCCUCCGGUGCUUGUGCCCAGGCACAGCGAAUACAACCCUCAGCUCAGCCUCCUGGCCAAGUUCCGCAGCGCCUCCCUGCACAGCGAGCCACUCAUGCCACACAAUGCCACCUAUCCGGACUCCUUCCAGCAGCCUCCAUGCUCUGCAUUCCCGCCCUCACCCAGCCACGCCUUCUCGCAGUCCCCGUGCACGGCCAGCUACCCACACUCUCCAGGAAGCCCUUCUGAGCCAGAGAGUCCCUAUCAACACUCAGACUUCCGGCCCGUUUGUUAUGAGGAGCCCCAGCACUGGUGCUCGGUCGCCUACUAUGAACUGAACAACCGAGUUGGGGAGACGUUCCAGGCCUCCUCCCGAAGCGUGCUCGUAGAUGGAUUCACAGACCCGUCAAAUAACAGGAGCAGAUUCUGUCUUGGACUGCUUUCCAAUGUAAACAGAAAUUCAACAAUAGAAAACACCAGGAGACACAUAGGAAAAGGCGUGCACUUGUACUACGUUGGGGGAGAGGUGUAUGCCGAGUGCGUGAGUGACAGCAGCAUCUUUGUGCAGAGCCGGAACUGCAACUAUCAGCACGGCUUCCACCCAGCCACCGUCUGCAAGAUCCCCAGCGGGUGCAGUCUCAAGGUCUUCAACAACCAGCUCUUUGCUCAGCUGCUCGCCCAGUCCGUUCACCAUGGCUUUGAAGUCGUUUACGAGUUAACCAAGAUGUGCACUAUCCGGAUGAGUUUUGUUAAGGGUUGGGGAGCUGAGUACCAUCGCCAGGAUGUUACGAGCACCCCCUGCUGGAUCGAGAUCCAUCUUCACGGACCACUGCAGUGGCUGGACAAAGUUCUGACUCAGAUGGGCUCUCCACAUAACCCAAUUUCUUCAGUGUCUUAACAGUCACAUCUUCAGCUCCACUUCUAUGGAGUAGAUGCUAUUGCAGGCAGUGGCUUAUAUCAUUUCAGAUUUGCAACUAACUGAAAUUUCUAAGUACAUGUGUAAAUACAUAUAAUGUACCCUAUUCAUAUUUUUAUCACCAUUUGUUUUGUGCUUCCUAGUUAACCUGGUGCCAGUACAGUGAGAUUAGAAAAGCAGGGUUUUCGUGCCUAUGCUGUAAUGAGAAGCGGCAGCAUUUGUGGAAGGAAACAAAUGAACAACAGUGUCAAUAGUAUUUGAAGGUGCUGGCAGAAUAAAAGGCAGCUGCAACCAGCCAUGUCAUUAUAAAGCACGUUGUGUGGCUUAACAGAAACAUUGCAGCUGUUUAUAGAGCAAAAAUCGGAUGUCCGUAGCACUAGGGCAAAUAACACGUUCAGACAAAACAAAGCAAUCAAACCGAUGUAGUUUCAAUGAUCUCACUUUUAGUGCUGUGGGCGAGAAAAAAAAA